AUGGUGGCCGUGCAACUGCUAGCGCACGAUGUUGGCAAGAAGAACCUGCUCAUUAUGGACGAGGUUACCCAGGGGUUCGACAGCGAGAACCGUUUGCGCAAGGAGGUAGCGGUGUCCAUGCUUGGGCACUCGAUGACGGACGCCUUCCAAGUGUUUGACGACCUUCUUGUUCUCAAGAACGGGGAAGUGGUUUACCAUGGGGCUGGGGAAGAUAUCGUGGAGUACUUCAGCGACUUGGGCUACCAGUGCACUCCGGGCCAACGAGUCGGGCAAUUCUUGCUCAACCUGGCAGCAGAGCAAAAA